UCACAAUUACUACUUUCUGUUGCCUCAACAUAUUUCAUUCUAUCUAUCAAUUUUUAUAAUACUUCAACUUCAACUUCACAAUACUUUCUGUUGCCUCAACAUAUUUUCUUAAUAUUCCUAAGUUUCUCCAUCAAGUUUUUUUUCUUUUCACGGGAGAUAAUACUCUCAAUUUGUUUACUCACAUAUUUUACAGGUAGCCAUGGCAGGGCUGAUGGUUGCAGGAGCAUUUCUUACGCCUGUCAUCCAAGUAAUUGUUGAGAGGGUUGCCUCAGGAGAUUACAAAGACCUCUUCAGCAUGCGAUUGGUGAAUAAACUUGAAAUCACAUUGAAUUCUAUCAACAAAGUGUUGGAUGAUGCAGAGACAAAGCAGUACCAGAAUCCAAAUGUGAGGAUAUGGCUUGAUCAUAUAAAACAUGAGGUAUAUGAAGUAGAACAGCUGUUGGAUGAGAUUGCUACAAGUGCACAACGAAAGAGCAAGGUUAAACACUUCUUUUCAUCUCUGACUAAUCAGUUUGAAUCUAGGAUGAAAGACUUGCUAGAUAAGCUAGAACAUCUUUUAAAGCAAAAUGAUGUGUUGGGAUUGAAAGAAGGAACAUAUGCUCGUAUUGAACUUUCAGAAAGAGUGCCAACGUCUUCUUUGGUGGAUGAAUCUAGCAAAUGUGGUAGAUAUGGUGAAAAAGAGGAAAUUAUCAGUUUCUUACUUUUAGAUAAUAAUAGUAGUAGUAGCAACCAGGUACCAGUAAUCAGCAUAGUUGGUCUUGGUGGGAUGGGUAAGACCACCCUUGCUCAGCUUGUCUACAAAGACCCCAGGGUGCAACAGAACUUUGAUCUUAAAGCUUGGGUCUAUGUUUCAGAAUCAUUUGAUGUUAUUAGACUCACUAAAGCAAUUCUCGAGUCAUUUGGUUCUUCACCAAACACUGAAAACCUAGAUCGACUCCAAUGUCAACUGCAGGAAAAGAUAGCAGGAAAGAAAUGUUUGCUUGUUCUAGAUGAUAUCUGGAAAGUAGACUGGGAAAGUUGUGAAAGGUUACUAAGUUUCUUUAACGAAGGAUCUUCUGGAAGUAAGAUUGUUGUAACAACACGAAAUAAGAAGAAUGCAUCAGCCAUGGAAUCUAAGUUUUUUGAAUUAUUUCAAUUGGGAGAGAUUGAUUCUUGGAGUUUAUUUGAGAGGCAUGCUUUUCCAAACAAAAAAGGGAGUGAAUAUCCAGAUCUUGAACCAAUUGGAAAGAUGAUUGUACACAAGUGUGGAGGGUUGCCAUUAGCUGUGAUAACAAUGGGGAAACUCUUGAGAGCAAAAUUCUCUCAAAGUGAAUGGAUUGAAAUAUUGGAGGAUGAUAUGUGGCAUUUAUCAGAGAAAGACACUGGCAUAAAUCCCGUAUUGAGAUUGGGUUACCAUAAUCUUCCUUCCAAUUUGAAGCCUUGUUUUGCAUAUUGUUCCAUAUUCCCCAAGGGUUAUGAGUUUGACAAGAACACGUUAAUCAAAAUGUGGAUGGCAAAUGGUUUGUUGAGUUCCUACAAAAGUGGAAAAAGUAAAGAAGAGUUGGGUAGUGAAUUAUUCAAUUUUCUUGUGUCAAUUUCAUUUUUCCAAAGAUCACUAGAUUUUGAUGGCGGUUUUAUCAUGCAUGAUCUUGUCAAUGACUUGGCAAAAUUAGUGUCUCGAGAGUUUUGCAUACAAGUGGAGAAUGAUAAGUUGCAAGAUAUAACUGAAAGAACACGUCACAUUUGGUGCUCUCUUGAGUUGACGGAUGGUGAUAGAACGUUAAAGGAGAUUUAUAGAGCUAAGGGACUACAUAGCAUGUUGGUAAAACCACUACAAGCCUUUGACACAUGCUUCACUGUGAGCAACAACGUGCACUAUAAUCUAUUUUCAAAACUAAAGUAUUUACGGAUGUUGUCAUUUCCUGGUAGUCCGGAUAUAUACAGAGAUCUAGAUCUAGUAGAAGAGAUAGGCAAUUUAAAGCUUUUGCGCUAUCUAGACUUGUCUUGGACAAGAAUUACAAAGUUGCCUGAUUCUAUUUGUAAGCUUUACAAUUUAGAGACACUGAUAUUGGAAGGAAGUUAUCUGACAGAAAUUCCUGUAGAUUUUUACAAACUCGAUUGUUUAAGCCAUCUUAAUUUGAGAGGAACUUCAAUAAAAAAAAUGCCAAAGAAGAUGGGGAAACUAAAGCAUCUACAAACGCUGACUAACUUUGUUGUGGGCGAGUGGAGUGGACCUGAUAUUAAGGAGUUAAAUAGUUUAAAUCUUCUUCAAGGAGAACUUUGUCUUUCAGGAUUGAACAAUGUCAGUAAUCCAGCACAUGCUGAAGAGGCCAAUUUGAAAGAUAAGAAGUUUUUAGAAGAAAUACAAAUGAAGUUUGAUUCGGGAAGAGAAGAAAUGGAUGGUUCAAUAGUGGAAAACGACGUGUCUAUCUUGAAGGCCCUUCAACCAAAUAAUAAUCUGAAGAUGCUCACCAUUUGGAACUACAAUGGCAAUAUGUUUCCAGUUUGGUUAAGGGGUUGUGAUUUACCCAACUUAAUAUCUCUUAAUCUUUGGGACUGUAAUGGAAUAAAGAUCUUCGGCAAUAACUCCGCAAAUGUUCCGUUCAAGUUCCUUGAAGUUUUGAAAUUUGACCGCAUGUUUGAAUGGGAGGAAUGGUUAUGUAACGAAGGGUUUCCUCAGCUUAAAGAGCUUCAUAUAACUGAUUGUCCCAAAUUGAAAAGGGCACUGCCUCAACACCUUCCUUCAUUACAGAAAUUGGUGAUUAAGGGUUGCGAAAUGCUGCACGUAUCAAUUCCCAAGUGUGAUAACAUCAUAGAGUUAGAUAUACAGGAAUGUAAUCAAGUUUUGAUACAUGAGUUGUCAUCCAACUUGAAAAGAUUCGUCCUUCGUGAUAAUCAGUACGUUGAGUUCCCCAUGGUUCAUUUAAUCAACAAUCCCAUUGUGGAAGAGUUGGAUUUGGAUUUCAAAGACUUUUUAGAAUGUCCCUCAAUGGAUUUGUGUUGUUAUAAUUCUCUUGAAAAACUUUCAAUAAGAGGAUGGAAGUCCUCCUCCUUGCCUAUUUCACUACACUUGUUCACCAAUCUGAAAAUUCUAAAAAUUUGGCAUUGUCUUGAAUUAGAAUCGUUUCCUAUGGGAGGUUGGCCUUCCAACUUUAGAAGACUUGAAAUAUAUAAUUGCCCUAGUUUUGAGCAGUUGCCAGAGGUUCCGUUUGAUCUUUGGAGAUUAUAGGUUGUCCAUUACCUAAGGAAAAGUACAAAAAGGAGGGAGGAGAGGCAUACAAUUAGUCACAUCCCUCAUGUGGAGAUUGACUUUAUUUUGCAGAAGUAGAAAUGAGGUGUUUAUCACAGGAUGGCAGGUCUACCUAAAACUCAAUGAUAUAGCCGACCAAGCUAUACCAUUGCUAUCAACUGUUUUCGAUUGUUGUGUGGUUAAUAAGAAUUUGUCUUUCCCUUUGUUAAUUGUGUAGUUUCCCUUUUCUGAGUGUGUAUUGUGUCUAUCUACAAAACAUUAAGACUGGAUACUGUAAUAUUCUUAUUUUGCUAUUGAUCAUAAUCUCAAGUUGUGCAAAACCUAUUUAUAUACAAAGUUUCUGUCUACCAUGAUUUUAUCAAAUUCCUUGUGUUUCAUGCUUAAUAAAAUUCUCCACAGUUCUUUCUUCAAAAGGAAAUGAUGUUUUUAAGGAAUUUAAAGCUACGAAAUAUUCUAUGAUUUAAGUGAUUAAUCCUUUGCAUAAUUAUGUACUUUCUCUCCAGUUCUGAAGACACUGGUAUUUUGGAGGAAUUUAGAGCUAUAUGUACAAAGUAGGACAGUAAAGUAGCAACAAAAAUACUAGUAUAAAUUAGUAUGGAUUUUGAAAAGCUACAAGAAAAUAGUAAUAGUGUCAUUUUUUAACAGCAAUUACAUAAUAGAGCUUUAAUUUUAUUGCCUUUAAUUUUAUUA